AUGUCUUCUCCAAAAAUCUCUCUUCACUAUUUCGAUAUUCGCGGUUGGGCUGAAUACAUUCGACUUCUUCUCGUCGAUCAAAAUGUCAAAUUCGAGGAUGUUCGUUUUGCUUGGAAAAGUGAAGAAUGGGAACAAAUCAAGAAAAAUAUGUUGUUCGGUCAAGUUCCAUGCAUGAAAAUCGGAGAUACGGAAUAUGUUCAAACUGGGGCAAUAAUUAGACAUUUGGCAAGACUUUAUGGUAAGUUAAAAUAUAAAUAUUGCUCAUAUUAUCGACCUACAGCAACCCUAUCAUUUUUCAGAUUUAUAUGGAUCAAGUCCUUCGGAAGCCACCUUCAUUGAUAUGGUUUUUGAAUGCGCUCGAGAUUUGCGCUACAAAUACGUUCGUUAUGUUUAUUUCAACGAUGAAACCAAAGAAAAUUAUGACAAUGUAACUUUGCCACAAAUUCUUUCGAAUUUAUCAAAACUUUUGGGCGAUCGUCAAUAUAUCGGGGGAAAUAAAAUCACAUUUGCUGACUAUAAUUUGUUUGAAGAAUUGGAUAUUGCAAAUGCUACUUCUCCAGGAUCAAUCAAUAAAUUUGAGAAUUUGAAGGCUUUUCACAAAAGAAUGUCGGAGAGACCAAAUUUGAAGGUGGGUUAAAAACUGAUGGGGUUCAGGAAAUACUUAAAUUUUUUCCAAUGAAAUAUCCCUGGUUACUGUAGUUCUGGUAAAAAAUCUAAUAAGUUACCGUAUUGUGAAGUUUUUUUGAAAAUUCAGAUUUUUUUAUUGUUAAAUUUUUUGAAACCUAAAAGGCUUAAGAACCUUGAAGAGCCUAAUAAGCCUAAGAAGUCUGAAAACCCAAGAGAAGGAAAUUGGGAGCCCUAAAAUAAUAAGGAGCUCAAGGACCCUAAGAAGCCUAAGGAACCCAAGAAGCCUAAAAAGCCCAAGCCUAAUCACCCCAUGAAAUUCCAAAAACAAUUUUUUCAUUCCAGAAUUAUCUUCUCAAUCGUCGCACUCCAAUCAACGCCAUCGAUCGAAUUUAA